CGCACAUUUAAAGCUGCUCUUCUUCAUCUUCGCCGCGCGCCCCAUCUUACUUCUGGACUUUGUUCAACAUCAUGUCAUCGGUCAAGAUCCACCCUCCCAUGAAGGGCCCCUCAGCCGCAGACGGCCCGCUGCCUCCACUCAUUACAACUCCUUCUGGGCUCGCACUGCUUGAGAUGCAGGGGACCAUCAACCUGCCACACUUCAACCCCGACGAAGAUAGUGACAAAUCCGCGCCGGAGGUUCCCAUUGGAAAGGUCGUCUUCCCCGAUUACCACCCAGAAACCCAAGAAGAAGGCAGCACGGCGUGGAUGAAGCGCGUCUUCCUUUAUGUCGGUCAGCACCAGAGGCUCCACGGUGAGGUCAAGAAGCUUCCCAAGGCCAUCGCUAUCAUCCGGCGCAGGGGAGAGGCGAAAACCGGCGAGGGCGGCGAGGUCGAGGAGGAACUCGAGAUCGCCGAGAUCGUCAAAUACAAGAUCAUGUUCGGAAACCGACCGGAGCCUGUGACCACGGAGACCAUCUCGUAGUAGAAGUCGCCGUUUAUCAUGGAACAGGCUACUGGAACGAAGUUAAAAAAAAAACCCUGUUCUCGUCAUCUGCAUAUCGGUAUAAAAUCCUACCAGCACCGGCCUACCGUCUUUUAGGCCAUCGCCACAAAGACCGAACCAUGCAGCACCGCCAACUGGCCAAUUGGCCACCAGGAAUAUGGUUCCCGGUCAAAUUUGGGAUCCUUGGGUCGACUUCCUACAGUUUCUCCUAGGGCAAGUUGCUUUGGGUGGCUGGUUUCAUCAAAGAGCAAUCGAUGUCCUUCGCCAGCACUGCUUCUCAGUGGUUUUCAUACCCGCGACAUCCAAAGCCAUUAAUACCACUUGAAGCCGUUUUACGUCAGUGGCGCGGACGAGGUGAUAUUCGCAGAGCAUUGGUGCCUCAGCGAGCGGUAAAAAAGUCUUGCUUGGUAUGGGUGCGUGGUGACGGUUGGUCCGGAGGAUGGCUACCUCUUACUCAUCAGGAAGAGGAGCUGCUCUUUAAAAUGUCCAGUAAUCAUUUCUAAUCGGACAUAAGGGGCGGAAUUGCACCCUCCAUAUCAAGGUUCAAUCUUUCGAGAUGGACCGCACGCACCUGACUAGCAACAACCAACCACGCAUCUAAAGACCCCCCGGCCGCCAGCGGACUGUCCUGGCUUCUAACGGCUCUCCGUAGGCGUCACUGAGCAGUUGGUCCACCUGCCAAGACCCACCCUUUCGCUAAACAAAGACGUUGGUCCUGGCAUUGCUCGUGUCCUAGGAGGAUUCAAUCCGAACACCGAUUCAUUUGUGUCCAAGGGCUCUGCUAUCAUAGCGUGGCGGGGUGUCCAGUUUCUUCGACAAGGAAAGGACACUGGUGAAAGGCUGCUCUGGCGAUUACGCCCUAGUCUGCAGUAACCCAUGUUUGCGGUGUCAAGGCCAUCACACUGAUAUCAUGGUCUCAACAUACGUUCUCGCAGAUGUUGUAUACGGCACACUUGCCUCCUACCUACAUCCAAUUUGGCCAAGUCUGUGCAAUUGACGACUCUCUCACGAUAAUGCCUGUCCAGGUCAACACGCCCGUAUGAUGACAGCCAGGGGUUCUCCACAUCUCCGCACUAGAGGAAGUCCAGAGUUGUGAGGGGGAAUUCUGGAGAGCCGAGGAGGCUAUUAGGAUAAAUGUCCCCAAUUGCAACUCUAAUUUAACCGCAGACAGCCUGAUUGAACAGUUCGUCUUCUUUUUGCCCCAGCAGAAGAUGGGGACACAUUUGCUGGUG